AUGCUGACCAUAUGGGUUGACACUCUCUCCCCUGUGUUCCAGGUUUGUCAGAAGCCAUGGCUGAGCUCAGCAUGUCCAGAGGGAGGGCCCUACCCAUGUCUUCAAGGCCCCUGGCACCGGCCUAACCCCAUUCAGUGCCAGGCUUUGAGUGAGGGAGGCUUCCAAUGUGCGGCUGGGCUGAACGUUUUAAGCCACAAAGACUCAAGAAUGACCUCUGAGCUGGUUAAGAAGGAAGAGCCUUGCCCCUUAUCCCCCCAGGGUGGGUGGGGUCUGGGGGUUUUGUCCUUUGCCCUCAAAUGGCAGAGGCACAGGCCUCCCAGCCAGCUGGGUGGAUACUGA